AGUUUCAAACACACGUAAAAGUGCAUUUCACUCAUUUAUUUUACACGAUUUAAGUUUACGGAUAAACGAAAAAAUAAUAAAAAAAAUUUAUAAAACAGAUGUAAACUAUAUUUUCACGUGUUUAAAUCGAAGAAAAAAAACGUAUCAACACAGAAAAUCAAAUUGGUACCAAUAAUUAGCGAUAAAUGAAGAGUCAUUUAAAGAUAAACCGAUAAACUGGAGUGGUAAUAGAUCAGAAAAUUUAAAAAAAAAAAAUCGAAAUUGUAAAUGUGAGAAGUCGCAUAGAGACGCAUGCCACAAGCACGGUAAAUGUAGCAGGAAUAGCGCGGCGAAUCAGGAACGUAGGAAACAUACAAAGCAAACAACAGGGAAACAACGGAUAAUACGGCACGACACGGCACGGUACUGUACGAACAACAGCAACACUAGAGAGCAGGAGGGUAGCUGUGGUGUCGCUGGUACCGCUUAGCAGUGGUGGUAGUUCGAGCUCGAGCUAACUAAGAAAUACGUUGAACCGUCCACGCGGCAUCAUUUAGACUUUAACCAUUCCCUGCGCAGUCUUGUAAGGGUGGUUUGUGUACACGUGGGAAAAGAAAGCGGAAAAAAAAAAAAAUAGCUUUUACGCGCGCGUUUCAUUUAUUUGGAAAAUAGAUUGCGUGGUCAUUUUUCAAAAUCUUCAUUAUCGAAAACUAUAUCUUCAUCGAAGUUAUAUCGAAUGAAAUAUUAUUUAUUGCGCAUAGCAAAAUAAAAACUGACUCGUGAUAUUAUUAAGGACACUGUAAACGAGAUUGCAAGUCACGAGAAAUUUCACAGAAAGGAAUAAAUAAUAGUUGCACGACAAGAGAAGUUGCAAAGCAUCAAACCAGAAAAAGAGAUAGCAACGGGUAAAAAAAGAAGAAAGUCGAUAUAGUUUCGAGAAUUUGGUUGCGAGUUGAAUGUGAAGAUUCACGUGACGCGAUUCCAGUUCAACCAGGCGACAACACGCAGCACUGACACAACGCGAACAUUUUGAGGCGUGACGACAAAAUGUCCAAUUCCGAAAGGAGACAGAUGCAGAAAUGGCCUCUGUGCCUAGUACCUCUUUCAAGAACGAAGGAACGAACUGUUCUACCAAAAUACUAUACGAGAGUGCCUUCGGUCGCAAGAUCGUCGACGAACAGUUCAGGCAUCAAUCUAGAUUGUUCAUCGAAUACGACACUCGCAACAAUCGCGAGUCCGUUCAACAGUCAAACAGCCCUAAUCGCGGAGAAAAAAGUGAUUCCUUCUGGCAAUAUUGUCAUUGCUAACCAUUACUAUGCACAGAACUUGAGGAACAAUCAUCAGAAGACUCUAAACGGGUCUCACAUAUACGACCCUCUUGACAAGGGUUCUGAUCACGAUUACAAGCAAAUCGAUCCAUUAUUGGUCGGCGAACCUCCGUACAUGGGGGUCGAAAACACCAAGCAAACCAUGAGCUCGCAAAAUAUAAAACCGGCCAAGGACUCGGACGAUGUUUUGCAUACACAGUUCAAAGAAGUGAAACGAUCACCUAUGCGCUAUACUAUGCAGCUGUUAGCUGCUCUAGCGGUGUCAAUGGCCUCUUUGAUGAUCGGUUACUCCUCUUCCUACACGUCCCCUGCUUUAGUUUCGAUGCGAGAUAACACGACGGCCACGUUCGAAGUAACUAUGGAUAUGGCUAUGUGGAUAGGAUCGAUCAUGCCACUGAGCGCACUUAUUGGAGGCAUAAUCGGUGGUCCAUGUAUUGAAUACAUUGGUAGAAGGAACACUAUUCUGAGCACUGCCUUACCGUUUCUUGCAGGCUGGUUAUUUAUCGCACUGGCAACAAAUGUUGCGAUGAUAUUGGUUGGCCGCAGUAUAUGCGGUUUCUGCGUCGGUGUCGCUUCUCUUUCCUUGCCAGUUUAUCUUGGAGAAUCUAUACAACCAGAAGUACGUGGCUCACUCGGUCUCUUACCAACCGUCUUUGGUAAUUCAGGGAUCUUAAUGUGCUUCACAGCUGGAAUGUAUCUAGCUUGGCGAAAUCUUGCAUUACUAGGUGCCUGUAUACCGAUAAUAUUUUUGAUUCUGAUGUUCCUAAUUCCUGAAACGCCAAGAUGGUACAUUUCGAAAGGGAAAAUAAAAGAGGCACGAAAAUCGUUGCAAUGGUUGCGGGGCAAGACUGCCGAUAUUAGCGAGGAAUUAGAUUCCAUUCAAAAAAUGCAUAUCGAAAGUGAACGUAUCGCUACAGAGGGUGCUUUGAUAGAACUUUUCAGGAAAAAUCAUAUAAAACCGGUUUUUAUUUCCCUUGGCCUAAUGUUCUUUCAACAGUUUUCAGGAAUCAAUGCGGUCAUAUUUUACACAGUUCAAAUUUUCAAGGACUCUGGAAGCACUGUAGACGAAAAUCUUUCCACCAUCAUCGUAGGUCUCGUAAAUUUCAUUUCAACGUUCGUUGCAGCAAUGAUUAUAGAUAGACUGGGUCGAAAAAUGUUACUCUACAUAAGUAGUAUAUUGAUGUGUAUAACUUUAUUCACAUUCGGUACAUUUUUCUAUGUGAAAGAAUUAAUGGAUGUUACUGCAUUUGGUUGGAUUCCAUUGAUGAGUCUGAUCGUUUACGUGAUCGGGUUCUCAUUUGGUUUUGGUCCGAUCCCAUGGUUAAUGAUGGGCGAAAUUUUACCAGUUAAGAUACGUGGUACGGCUGCCAGUGUUGCAACGGCUUUCAAUUGGUCCUGUACAUUCGUCGUUACGAAAACUUACGAAGAUUUGGUUUUACAUAUCGGCCCAUAUGGAACCUUUUGGUUGUUCGGUACGCUCGUAGCAGUAGCAUUCAUUUUUGUAAUUAUUUGUGUACCAGAAACACGAGGACGAUCUCUCGAAGAAAUCGAAAGAAGAUUCGCUGGACCGGUGAGAAGAACGAGCGCGAUCGCCAAUUUAAAACCGAUGCCAAUAACCAUUUAAUGCUGGUUAAUCGUUCCUAAUCAUUUUCUCGCUUUAUAUCUUUUCUUUUAUAUGAUAAUUUUAGAUAAUUAAUCAAUCUGUUCGAUCGACGAUCAAUUACGUUUCGUUUUAUAUUAAACGAACGAAUAUGUAUUAUAGUUCAUUCUGUCGAUCAGAACGAACAGAUUUAAUAAUAGUCUUCCGGAUCGUCUUUCUUUUCUUAAUUUUAAAUUCAAAUGCGCGCAAUAAUUACUCUCUGUUAACUUUUUUCCCUCUGAUUCUCUCUUUAUUACAAUCAUAUAGAUAUUCAUAUACGUAAUAAUGAAUUAAUUAUAUUGAUCAAUAAGUUCUCGAUCGACAAAAUUUGUAUUGUUGCGUCUUAUCUUAUUGAAAAGAAAAUUAAAACAGAAGACGUAUUGAUAAAUCAAAUAAAAAAGGAAAAAAAUUUACAAAAGGAAACAAUAGAGUAAUAGAUCAGAGAACAAUAAAGAGAGUUUCAUAGAUAUUCAAUUUUUUGUACUUAUGAGCUAUAUUUGUUUAUAAUUAGCGAUAUAAUCGUGGAUGCAAGCUCAACAAAGAAAAUGAUCCGUUGAUUAGAUAUUAUACGUAACCGUUACUUUUCUUCUUUCAUUUUAGGGUCUACCUCAAAUUAGUACUUUUAUUAAAGGUAUACGAAUAGGUUAACAACAAGUAUGAAUUAUUUAAUUAAUACACAUAAUUUGUGUGCAUAAAUUCGCUGAUAUAUAUGCUGAUAUGUUGUACUUAAGAAAAUAUGUAUAACCAGCAUUUAAAGGAAAAAAAUGAAUUUCUUCCUUUUAUACAGCAACGACAAUAAAAUUUUAACGCGGCGGUCGUAUAUAUGUAUAAUUCUUAUGCAUCUUUAUGGAUGUAACCGUCGCAUUUAUACAGUUACCGAUUUACGUCAAUGAACAACUGCAUCAUUUAUCAACGAAUUAAAUCAUAAGAUAUACAUAUAGUUAAAAAAUAGAGAUAAAAAUAAUUGCGUUUAUUUUUCCAUUACCAAAAUUAAUGUAACUAAUUAGUAAAAAAAAAAAAUAUAUAUAUAUAUAUAUGAUCAACAAACAAAGGGAACAUAUGCAUGAUCGCGCAGCAUUCAUUGAAUCUCUUAUAUGUGAACUGUAUAUACUUUAAGAAAUGAUUUUCUUGUAAAUCUUUAAUAUGUAUUUGUAUACGUAGUUAUCUUUUACAAAUAUGCGCUUUUAAUUUUUAGUUUUUAUUCUAAUUUCCGAUAAUAUAUCCAGAUUAAAUUUCGAUCGUCGCAUCUCAUCCUGAUUCAUCUCAUAUAUGUAUACUAUUCAUUCUUUAAUUCUAUUGUCUCACCUUUUCUUUCUUUCAAUUCUUUUUUUCUUUCUUGCGCAGAUGCAUAUUGUUCUCAAUAUUAAAUAAAACUGCCUUUAUAUCAUUCCGAAUCUUAAAAUUAGGGCAAGA